UAUCUAGCGGUGAUCCAACCGGAGCGAGCAGCAGCCAGUGAAGCAGCCGUGAAGCCGUCGAGCAACGUUGGAGUGCGCAAAUGGUCGCCUGCUGUUUCCCCGAUGAGCGAACUAACGGUGUUCCGUCGCGGCCUGGAGGAUUGCGGUGUUUGUAGGAGAACGGGCAACGGGAUUCGAGUGUGAAGUGAACGCACGCGGCGACAACUGAACGAGACCAACAUGAUCAAGGACAGAAUCUCGGCCCUCAAGGCGGCACAGACUGACGAUGACGACAUGGACGGAGACGUCACGGUGGUUCUGGAUACCGCGCCAACGUUCAUGGAAGAAUUUUUUGCUGAGGUUGAAGAGAUAGCACAGAAUAUUGACAAGAUUGAGAAGAUCGUGCACGAGAUGAAGAGGAAGCACAGUGCCAUAUUGUCGUCUCCGCUCCAAGACGAAAAAAUGAAGCAAGACCUCGAAGACCUAAUGGCAGACGUCAAACGAAUUGCAAACAAAGUUCGAAUGAAGUUGAAGUUGAUGGAGCAGAAUAUCGAUCAAGAGGACCACCUGGUCGGCAGUCGGUCGGCCGAGCUGAGGAUACGCAAAACCCAGCACUCAACACUUUCUCGCAAGUUUGUUGAGGAGAUGACGGAGUACAACAAGAUUCAGAAUGACUACCGCGAGCGCUGCAAGGACCGCAUCAAGCGACAGCUUGAGAUCACUGGGAAAAUGACCACAGAUGAGGAAAUUGAGGAGAUGCUGGAGAGCGGAAACCCCGCCAUAUUCACUCAGGGCAUUGUCAUGGAGACUCAGAAGGCGCGGCAGACGCUGGCGGAGAUCGAGGCCCGCCACCACGACAUCAUCAAGCUGGAGAAGAGCAUCCGGGAGUUGCAUGACAUGUUCAUGGACAUGGCCCUGCUUGUAGAGAGCCAGGGUGAAAUGGUGGACCGCAUCGAGUACCACGUCAAGAAUGCCUCAGCUUACAUCGACACUGCCACUCAAGAGACGCGCCGUGCGGUCCGCUACCAAAGCAAAGCCAGAAAGAAAAAAAUCAUAGUCCUAGUCCUGGUCGUAGUCCUGGUCUUAGUCCUGGCACUCAUUAUCUAUCUGUCAGUGCGGAGGUGAACGCAAACAGAAACGGCAGCUUGAACGAGCCUCCCCGCACAGCUCACGUAUCGUGCCAUUCCUCCGGGAUCGCUGCUUCCGGGGACUACUCGACCAUAUGGUCCGGCCUACCGAGCCAUGCAGACGAUCUGCCGUGUAGCCGUGGCCUAUUGCAGGUUACGAAUAGCUGGACAAGUCCCUCCCAUAAAGCUCUCUGCUCCCCAUGAUUGGUGGUUUUCACUCGUCUCUUCUCUAGCAUUCGCUCUGCUAAAGUGAAAAAAAAAGCUUCACACUGAGGGAGCCUGUCGUGCUAUUUUAAACCUGCAACAGACUGUAGCCUUAGACGAUCCUGAAGCUGCUGACACGGCCCUCGCACUGUAGCAGCGACGUUCCGAUUAUCGGUAUUUCUGUGUGAUCAUUUUGGUGUGCGCUUCAAAACGCUUUGCACACUUUCGGGCAUGAGCACAAUGCUCGUACAAUUCUGGACCGAUCCAGACCUCAAGUUCAUCCGAGUCUUGAGAUGUAAAGAUUAUCUGAAAACCCGCUAAUCUAGGCUGGGAAUGUGCUGAAACGCAACGGACGCCCCGCCAUCUUCCUUCUCCCGUUGCACAAGUUCCAGUAGGUUGACUGCCCAUGAACAACCACUGGCCGAUAUUUUGCAUUACUGUUACCUGCCGACCUGUUGUUCGGAUCUUCGUAUUGCGCGACCACCUUUGAAGUGUGUUCUGAAGCGUGGUAACUAGCGGCCGACCUGAAAGGUAUCUCUUCGUUGCCAUGCCUCAAUAAGGUUUGGGACCAAUGCCAAGGCACGAAAUACCACUAGGCUAGCUUGUUUGGGGUUUAUUGUUUUAGGCAUUACAUUUGUUUUGUGAGUCAUGUGUCCCAAGGAAGCGAUCGACAUUGGAAAGGUUUUUUGUUUGCAUAUUUCUCGUAGCAUACUAUGCCAAAGUUGAGCUCCGCACUGCUAUGGUGCAUGUUUGAUGAUAGAUCUGUCUAGUUGAGUACAAGAGCGGGGAUGUACAUGUGCGGCACCGCCAAACUAGCCCCAGUGUGGUGGUCUUUGGUGCCGCAAUAUGCCUUGUCAAUUAAAUGUCCUGCACUUCCUCUAGUCUUGCUGAAAAUAUAAAUAGAAUCUUGAAAGUGUGAGUCAGGGUCUGAAAGGGUUUAUAUUAUUUACACGAGGACUGCUAGUCAAAUAAGACUAAAACAAAGUGCAAUAUAGUAGUAUAGAGACAUGUUUGUCAGUGGGAGUCUUGGACUGCCUGCAUUGGCAUGCUGUCUUGUAUUAUUUUUUUGUGAGGCGAAAUCCUUUUAUGGUAGUCAUAUCAUGUGAGACACAGCAGCUGCCAUGUUCUCUCUUGGUUGUUCCUAGUUUUAAUUACUUUGGGAUUUUUUUAAGGAAUUGAAUAUUUUAAUAAGAAACAGAUGACAUAGAUAUUUACCGUUUUAUAGACAGACGGCAUCCUUGAUGCAUGAAUUAAUAAAACGCUAUUAAUUAGGUAGUCUUUUCUUUUUUGCCUUGUCACGAAGCAUGUGUGACACUUUUGUCGCAGUGCAUGUUUUGCAUGCUGCUACAAAGUUUAUUUAAUUGGCAGCAUUUAUUAGUAUGUAGUUGGUGUGGCACAUUUAGAAUAUAUUUUUGCUCGUCUCAAUUUAUGUUUACUGUUGAUCAAGUUGAAGCUAGACAGCUAGCUCGUUGUGUUGUGUCUUCAAAGUGAAGAGCUGUGAAACUUGAGAGUCUCCUUGAUUUUUAUGCAUUUCCUAAUGUACGAACAAAGUGAACAAUGGAAUGCGCUGUCCUAAGUUUUGUGUUUAAUUUUGUAUACUGGCAUGUGUACAGUUGCAUUAGCCUGAAGCAGUUUUAUUAUGUAUACUAUAUCCUUUUGUGCUUUAAAUUUUGGUUUUAUGAAUUCUUUCAUGCUGUGCCAGAGAGGUGAAAUAAAAGAAGAGAAUGCACGCAUUA